AUGCCACCCGCUUUGAAGUGAGCCUGAAAUGCCCUAACGAAUCCACAAGCCAGCUUUCAUACUACACGUUUCUAACACUUACAGAGGUGAAACUAAAGAGUGCCUACAACGCUUCUAGCAAUGAAACCAUUUGGCUUCCAACUGGUAGUGAUGGCAGUAAAGGGGUCAUUGAGGCUCUGUGUCCGUCGAAUGAAGAUCUGGUGUAUUCUGUUAUAGAGAAUAUGGACCCUGGAGUUAUAGACGUCUUUGGGGAUCACAGACUAGCGUCUGAUUUUGUGGAAUUGAUGAUUUCUGAAUCUGAUGAAUACCUUAACCUGAACGCCACAUCUGGAGAACUACUGCAGCAAAAGUCCUACGAUCGUGAAACGAAAGAGCUACACAAGCUGAAGUUGCUGUGUAUAGUGAAGGUUGAAGGUCAGCCUGACGUCAUCACGCCUCGAACCCUGAAGCUUCAAGUCGUGGAUGUUAACGACAACCCACCCUUCACCAACAUGGCCCAUCCGACCCAGGUGUCCAAUUACACAGCUGGCACA